GGCCGGGACCCCCGCCCCAGACCCGGGAAGGACCCGGAGUGAGGGGGUCGCGGGGCAAGGGGGCAGAGGUUGGGGGAUGGGUGGGACCUUUGGGGAGACAUGGGACGUUCUGGGAGGCAGUUUUGAGAACAGAUGGGAACACUGGAAAAUUUAGAGGACAUAUGGAGGGACAGUUUUGGAGAAUAGUUUUGGAUGGGUUCGUUUGAGGGGACAAUUUGGACUAUAUUUUGAGGGAUCAUUUUUCGGGAAAAUAUAUUGACAUUUGGAGAACAAUUUCAGAGAAUAUUCAAGGGAUUUUUUUGGAAGGACAUUUUUAGGACAGAUGUUGGGGUCAUUUAGGGGGAUGAUUUUGGAGAAACUUAAGGAAUUUGAAUAUGACAUUUGGAAUGCAUUACAUGCUAAGUAAGGUUUUUUGGGGAACAGAUCUUGGAACAUUUGGGGGACAAUUGUGGCAUUUUGGGGUCAGUUUAAGAAGGAUGAAUGACAGAGGACAGUUCUGAAGGACAUUUAAAGGGACCCUUUUAGGGGCUCCUAUGGGAAGAUUUUGGAGGUGGGGUGAUGUUGGAAAGGGGGUUUUCACUAAAGGACCGGCUGGGUGCUGAUCUGGGGGAAAUUUAAUAGGAUGAUGCUGGUAGUGGGUGUAGGAUGGACCUGGGGGCAGAUGCUGGGGGAUGCAGACUGGGGGGAUGCUGUCUCAGACCCCCUCCCCAGGACUACCUCCCCCUGCAGCUGUGGCUCAGCCCCACUGACCUUGGCUCCUGCCCGCCCUGCGGCCCCUGCCCCAUCCUGAAGCCGGCAGCCAGAGGCAGGCGCCAGAGCCAGGAGUGGGGCAAAAGUGAUGAGCGGCUGCUGCAGGCCGUGGAGAGCAACGACGUGGCGCGGGUGGCCGCCCUCAUCACCCGCAAGGGGCUGGUGCCCACGAAGCUGGACCCCGAGGGCAAGUCCGCAUUCCACCUGGCUGCCAUGAGGGGAGCAACCAGCUGCCUAGAGGUGAUGCUGGCUCAUGGCGCCAACGUCAUGAGCACGGAUGGGGCAGGUUACAAUGCCCUCCACCUGGCCGCCAAGUAUGGGCACCCACAGUGCUUGAAGCAACUGCUACAGGCGUCCUGCGUGGUGGAUAUUGUGGACAGCAGUGGGUGGACGGCCCUGCAUCAUGCAGCGGCCGGCGGCUGCCUCUCCUGCUCAGAAAUGCUUUGCUCCUUCAAGGCACAUCUGAAUCCCCGAGAUCGGUCAGGUACAACACCCCUUCUCAUAGCGGCUCAGAUGUGUCACACAGAUUUGUGCCGCCUUCUCCUGCAGCAGGGGGCAGCUGCAAAUGACCAGGACCUGCAGGGCAGUAGGACAGCCCUGAUGCUGGCCUGUGAGGGGGCCAGCCCCGAAACAGUGGAGGUGCUGCUGCAGGGUGGGGCCCGGCCAGACAUCACCGACGCACUGGGCCAGGAUGCUGCUCACUACGGUGCCCUAGCAGGAGACAAACUCAUCCUGCACCUCCUGCAGGAGGCAGCCCAGCGCCCCUCACCACCCAGUGAGGAUGACUCAGGCGAGGCAUCAUCUCAGAACUCUGUGUCCAGCCAUGAAAAGCGAGGGGCUCCCAAGAAGCGGAAAGCACCUCAGCCCCCUGCCAGCAUCCCCGUGCCGGUGAGAGAUGCCCCGGCCAGGCCAUGGCGGGGAGGAACAGGGGCAGGCAGGAGGGGAGGAAGCUCUGGCUCAGGUAUUGGAGGGGACAGCCCGUGGGCCUCACGUGAAGGUGGUGGGUCCCUGGGGCGGGGGGAACAGGAUGACCAAGAUGCCUACGAGGAGAUCAUGCGGCUGCGACAGGAGAGGGGUCGCCUGCUGCAGAAGAUCCGGGGCCUAGAGCAGCACCAGGAACAGAGGAAGCAGGAGCUGCCAGAGGCAGAGGCCAGCUCCCUCCACAGCCUGGAGAGACAGGUGCAAGAGCUGCAGCAGCUGCUGGCUGAGAAGCAGGAGGAGAAGGAGAGCCUGGGACGGGAAGUGGAGAGUCUGCAGAGCCGGCUGUCCCUGCUGGAGAAUGAGCGGGAGAAUACCAGCUAUGAUGUGGCCACUCUGCAGGAUGAGGAGGGAGAACUGUCUGACUUUCCAGGGGCCGAGGCUCUGCUCUCCAGACGGCUAAGCCCCUCAGCCCAGGAGCUCUUGGCCUCACUGCAGGAGCAGGUGGCUGCACUCACCAGACAAAACCAGGAGCUGAUGGAGAAGGUCCAGAUCCUGGAGAGCUUCGAGAAGGACGAGAUGGAGGUGAACGGGUCAGCCGAGGUCAUCCCUCUGGCCCUCUAUGACUCUCUUCGGGCUGAGUUCGACCAGCUCUGCAGGCAGCAUGCGGAGGCUCUGCGGGCGCUGGAGCGACAGGAAACGUGGGGCGCCCCUGGGGAAGAGGAGGCAGCCGCUGGGGAGGGCAGGGGCAUGGGAGGCAAGACCACCAGGAACGGGCCAACGAAAAUGGAGCUUGAUGGUGCCACGGCUCUGGGAUCCAAAGUGAAUGGAGCUGAGACCACAGACGAGGAGGCCACAGGCCUGGAAACUGUGGAAGCAGCUUCUGUGGGGGCUGAGGCCACAGAGACAAAAUCCACGGGGGCCGAGGCCACAGAAACAAAACCCACGGGGGCCGAGGCCCCAGAACCCGAGGCUCUGGAAGAGGGAGGAAAUCCAGAGGCAAAGGCCACGGGAGCCAAGGCCACAAAGCUGAAAGCAGAGGAACGGGAAAUGAGGGCCAGCGGAGCAGGCGGCGUGGAGGCCGUGCCCGCAGGCACAGAGACCACACACGUGGAGGCCACAUUGGUGGGGGCUGCAGUCCCGAGGGCCUCCCCGGACCCGGUUCUCCCCCCUGGUGCUGCGGAGGCCUCCGAACAGCUGCAGGCAGAGCUGGAGACCCGGAUUCGCGGCUUGGAGGAGGCCCUCCGGCAACGGGAGCGGGAGGCGGCCGCCGAGCUGGAGGCGGCCCACGGCAAGUGCCAGGCCGCUGAGGCCGAGGCUGGCCUGCUGCGGGAGCGGAUGCGCCAGGCUGAGGGCGGCGGAGCGGCUGGGGGCGGUGACAUGGUCCAGCUGCGGGCCGCCCUGGAGCAGGCCCGGGAGGACCUCGGAGUCCGGGACGCCCGCCUCCGGGAGCUGGAGGCGGCCUCAGCCCGGCUGGACGAGGCCCGGGCUGGCCGGCUGCUGGCCGAGGAGGAGGCCCGGGGCCUGCGGGCAGAGCUGGCGCAGCGGGAGGAGGUGCGGCUGGAGCAGAGCCGGGAGCUGCAGGUGCUGCGGGAGCAGCUGGCCACGGCCACGGCCGCCGGGGAGAGGCAGCAGGCUGUGGCCGCCGAGCUGGGCCGAGCCCGGGACGCGGCUGAGGCCCGAGCGGCUGAGCUGUCCGCGGCCUGCGAGGAGGCUCGGCGGGGCCUGGCGGAGCUGCGCGAGGCUUCCGAGGCCCUGCGUCAGUCGGCGGUGCCGGCCUGCGAGCACCGCCGGCUGCAGGAGGAGGCCCUUGAGCUGCGGGGCCGGGCGGCCAGCCUGGAGCGGGAGGCGGUGGCCACGGGCAAGGAGGCCGCCCGGCUGCGGGCCGAGCUGGAGCGGGAGCGGGGGCGGGGCGGGGCCAGCCUGGAGCACGAGCGCAUCGUGGGCGCCUUGCAGGCUGACGUGGCCCGGCUGGAGGGGCAGCUGGAGGAGCUGGGGCGACGGCAUGAGAAGACCAGCGCCGAGGUCUUCCAGGUCCAGAGGGAGGCGUUGUUCAUGAAGAGUGAGCGGCAUGCGGCCGAGGCGAAACUGGCCACAGCAGAACAGCAGCUGUUGGGGCUACGGACCGAGGCCGAGCGGGCACGCCAGGCCCAGAGCCGUGCCCAGGAAGCCCUGGAUAUGGCCAAGGAGAAGGACAAGAAGAUCACAGAGCUCUCCAAGGAAGUCUUCAGUCUUAAGGAGGCCCUGAAGGACCAGCCAGCGGCCCCAGGCACCCCCGAGGUGGAGGCCCUCCAAGGCCAGGUCAAGGCCUUGCAGGAGCAGCUGAAGCAGGCUGCCAGGGACCACAGCGCAGUGGUGGCCUUGUACAGAAGCCACCUCCUAUAUGCCAUUCAGGGUCAGAUGGAUGAAGAUGUGCAGCGGAUCCUGAGCCAGAUCCUACAGAUGCAAAGACUCCAAGCUCAGGGCCGCUGAGCAUCACAGCACUGACCCUCCGCCCGCCAGGCUCACGCGUGUGGGCGUCCAGGCUCACGCGUUGACCUUCUAAGCUCAGACACCAGCCUGGGCCUUCUCAACUGUACUUAGCUGCGUCCACUGCCCCACUGGUCCCUGCACGCACUGGCCGGUGUCAUCCCCAGCCCUGACUGUGCCCUCACCCCCACCGGAGACCCUGUGAGCCCCCUCUCCCGCGCCCUGUCCUGUCGGUCCUGUAACGAGGCACCACCCCGGACCCUGGGAAUAAAAGCUCUCGGAGCAGAGGAUGAAUGUGUAUGGCCUGAUCGCUGGGCCCCCGCGGUAGGGAGGAGAGGGGUGGCGUAGAACGGGGACUGGCAGGUGAGGCAGUCACCUCCUGCACCAACGACUCAGGCCCCGGAAUGAAUACUGUGUUCGUGCGGUGUUGUAAAAAGUCAGAAGUCCGUGAUGG